AUGUCAGAAUUGUUGGACAAAUAUAGGUCUUCAAGAAGAGUCAAUGAGGGUCGAACGAGUCCGCCACUCAGGAGCUCUUUGUACCCCCGGUUAUCACCACUAAAUCGAGAUAAAUACACUACAGAUUGGUAUGCAAAUAUUUCCUCCUCGACAACAGGUUUAAGAGAUAAAUUAGUCGAUGAAAAAAUGCAACACAAGCCUUCAUCUAAAUAUGAAUUUUAUUCUGAUUCAAUAAACAAUAAUGCAAGCUCCCUUUCUGAUAGGCUUAGGUCGGAUUCAUUUCCAAUAGCGAGAGUAGGGACCGAUGAUCGUAAAGAUGCAGUAAGUGAGUCUAGACGUCAUGGAAAAAAUCACGAAUUGGAAAGGUUGAGGAAGAAUUUGGAAGCUAAAUAUGGUUUGCAUUCUACAAAAGAGGAAACCGAAAGGUCUUCAAGAUUAACUGGGUCAUCAAGAAUAAUCGGGUCGCCAAUCAAAUCAUUUAAUCACUCCCAAGGAAGACCAAGAAGUGAAUUUGGUAGAAAAUAUGCCGACUUACCACCAUCGAAAGACAAAUAUAGAGUUACAAAACCGAGCACGGUAUCCCCACAAGGUAGUGGGUUUUUGUCAAGAAUUGUCAAUUAUUUUACUUCAAAUGACCACAACGAGUACGACGAUGCUAAAGACUCAUCAAACUCCGAUUUAGACAGACUGCGAGUUAAAAAAGUAAGUUUCCAUGAUGACGUUGGGCGCGGAGACAUUGACGAAGUCGAUGAGGUGGUCUCGCGCGCAAGAGAGAGAGAACGAUUAUUGGCAUUGGAAAACUAUCGAUCCUUAGAACAAGAACAUAAGAGAGUCUUGUUGUUACUCGAGGACAUAGAAUUGGAAAAAGACAAACUCAAAUCUGAGUUGAACAGAGUGCAUGACACUUACGCCGCAAAGUUGGAUGAGAUUGAGAAUGACUUGUUUAAUAAAACUGUCGAAGCUGAUAAGUUGCGAAUCGACAGUGAACGCAAAUACAAUGACGAAUUCAAUCAGUUAAAAUCUGCCCAUGAAGUUGAAGUUUCCAGACUACGGAACACUCAUGAAAAAGAAUUAACACAAUUAAAAACAAUACACCAAGAGGAGGUGGCUGAGCUCAAAAAUGACAACUCCAAACUCCAGAAAAAGAUUAGAGAAUUGGAUGAGAAGGCAUUUGAUACUGGAUUUGAGCUAAAGCAAGUCAAGCGUGAGCUUGAUAUACAAAUUCGCAAAAAUCAUGAAAUGCAGGUGGAAAUGUCAUUAAGAGACAGAUUUCGUGCCGCUAAGCUCGCCUCGGAGGAAGUCAAUGAAUAUUUCAUCAGAUCGUCUCGUAUUGAGCAAAAAAUUGACCUGUUGCAAAAAGAAGGAAAAAAUCCCCCAUCAAAAGCAAAACAGUUUAAAAAGACUGAGUCUAAUAUUGAAGAAAAUUUAAAGACGUUGGAGAGAAUGACCAGAACAUUCCAAUUUGAAGAACUUGACGACUGUGAAAAGUACUACGAUGUAGCACAUAAAUUCUUAAAUGAUUCUGCAGCCAGAUCUGAAGAAAUUAUACAACAAUUGGAAACCAGCGAUCUGCUAGACCCAUCUCGCGUUCUACUGGAGUACAUGACAUUGAAAAGGCUAAACGAAUUGAGUUAUAAAUUGUGUUCGGUGAAAGAACUCAUAAAUGAUUGCAAGGUGUUGCGAGAGUUCAAAGACAGCGAUGCCGAUGUUAAUGACAUUUAUUUAAGAGUUAAACUGGAGAUUUUCUAG